AUGUCCAGUUGGGGCGAUCUCGUAUGGCAGGGACCGAAAUCCGAUCCGUUGAGCCCGGUGCAGUAUUCCAAUAUCCAGUUCCAGUCGCUGAAUGGAUCGGACUAUUUGACGUAUUGGAAUGGCUAUGUGUUGGAGGGCCAAAAUGCGAGUAUCGGGUAUGGAAACCUGACGGUUCUAGAUAAACACUAUGAGCCUGCUGCGGUGGUGUGUCCCCACUUGGGAAUUCAUGUUCAAGCGGGUGUUCCGCACGAUUGCGAUAUCGAUUAUAACGAACAGUACUUGACGCCGUGGGGAACGUUGCUGGUGACGGUUUACAAUCUUACGCAAAUGGAUUUGAGCUCCGUGAAUGGUUCCGCCGAGGGAUAUCUCCUCGAUGCGCAGAUUCACGAGAUCGAUAUUGCGACUUCGGAGUCGAUUUGGAAAUGGAGCUCGCUGGAUCAUAUCCCGUUGAAUGCGUCCCAGUUGCCGUUGACGGAUAUGGCGGCUAAUGAAAGCGUUACGUGGGAUUACGUUCAUAUCAAUUCUGUUUCUCCGUAUGGUACGGAUAAGCUUUUGGUUAGUGGGAGACAUACUUGGGAUGUUUUUGCCAUUGAUCGAUCAAGUGGCGAUAUUGUUUGGAACUACAAUGGUAUCUAUGGUGGAGACUUUGGUGCCGUCCCAGAAGAAGCCACCUUUAGCUGGCAAUACCACACUCGCGUGCACGAUUUCGAUGAAAACUUUAUCAUAUUCUCCAACUUCGGCAACCACGACUACGCCGGUGCUACCGGAGGAAAUGCUCAAAACACCGCACCCACCGUCGGACGCGAGUUUUAUCUCGAGCUGCCCGCGAGCAAAAGCUACCACCCCCUCUCGCUGAACACCUACAACGAAUCCUCUUCUCUCUUCAGCGACUCCUGGGGCUCUUUCGACUACCUCCCCAAUCAGCAAAACGCCACCAGCCGCUUCAUGUCCUACGGCCAGCUCCCCAUCCUCGCGAAUGGCAAGCCACUUUCGGCGCCGACAACGACGUCGCGACCUACCGGGCCCAAAAGGCAUCUUGGUACGGCGAGCCCAAGACGGCGCCGCAGCUUGUGGUUUUGCACAACGGAACCGCGUACAUGAGUUGGAAUGGCGCGACGCAUGUCGCGGGGUGGAAUAUCUAUAGCGAGAGUGCUGAGAACGGUACUACGUAUACGCUCAAGGGGAUUGCGAGAAGUUGUGGUUUUGAGACGGCGGUGGAUUUGGGGAUGGGGUGUUACAUGGUGCAGCCUUUGAUGGAUUUUUCGCCGAGCAUGAAUGCGACAUAUGGGGUUAAUUCUACUCUGGUGUGUUCUUCGUAGAGGUGAGAGGAUGGGGUAAUUUGGAGAGGGUAUUGUAGAGGAUAGAAUGUAAGAUAUUG